AUGGGCUCAGAUCUCGAGUCUGGCAGCGACCUUCCCUCGCGACAUGUCGAUGAAAACAUGCCGCCGGCCACCCACUCGGUCUUUACCGAGCCCCUCGACGGUGCCGGCACCGAUGGCUCGGUCACACCAGAGUACGAGACGGCCGCCGUCAAAGCGGUCGAACAAAUGAGCAAUCUCCGAUGGUUCGGCGUCUGCGUUGGGCUGUACUCGACUGCCUUCUUGUACGGACUGGACUCGACCAUCGCCGCCAGCGUGCAGGGCCCCGUUCUGGCUUCCCUCGGCAACCUGAACCUACUGCCCUGGAUUGGUGCUGGAUUCAUGCUCGGCUCUGUGGCCACCAUCUCGCUUUUCGGCUCGCUGUACAACAAGAUCGAGGUCAAAUGGCUGUACCUGGGGAGUAUCCUCACCUUUGAGAUUGGCAGUGCCAUUUGCGGUGCAGCUCCCAAUAUGAGUGCCCUCGCUAUCGGUCGAGUCGUGGCAGGAAUAGGCGGCUCCGGUAUCUAUCUUGGGCUGACCAUCGAGGAAAGAGGCGUUAACUACAUCUCGAUUUUUGUGUCUCCAGCCAAACGGCCAUUAUACACUGCUUUGAUUGGCACGUUCUGGGGUCUAGGCGCCAUCCUUGGACCCGUCAUCGGUGGUGCAUUUGCUGAGAGUACAGCAACUUGGCGAUGGGCCUUUUAUAUCAACCUCGUUAUCGGGGCCGUCACAUCCCCGAUCUACAUCCUCUGGUUUCCGCUUCACGGCGCACACCGCCACGAGCCAAUCCUUCCGCGCAUCAAGACUCUGGACUGGCUGGGCGCCUUGCUCAACGCCGCCGCGUUUUCCCUCUUCGUCACUUCGUGUACGCUCAGCGGCUCUCAGUGGGAGUGGAACUCGGCCACUGUCAUCACCCUUUGGGUCAUGACGGGUGUUGUUGUUCUGGCUUUCGCGCUGCAACAAGGGACCGCGUUCUUGACGACGAAGGAAGACCGCAUCUUCCCCGUGUGGUGCCUCAAAAGCCGAUCGCUUGUCCUGUUGUUUAUCGGGACUGUGGGCACCAGCGCCGUUUUGAACGUCGAUAUCUACUACCUGCCUCUUUAUUUUGAAUUCACGGCUGGAAUGGGAUCUAUGGAGGUCGCGGUUCGGCUUCUACCCUUUGUGUGUCUGAUCAUAUUUGGUACUAUGCUCUCUGGAGCUCUUUUACCGAAAUACAACCUCUACGCCGCUUGGUACACCGCUUCCGGUGCGAUUGCCGUAGUCGGGGGUGCCCUCCUGGUGCGAAUCGACACUGCAACACCUACAAGUCAUAUCUAUGGAUUUUCGGUCCUAGCAGGGUUUGGUUGUGGUCUGACCUUCCAGGCCGCCUAUGCGAUCGCUCUUGUCAAGGCUCCAAUGGAGAAGGCGUCGUCGGUCCUUAGCUUCAUCAACGUGGCGCAGCUGGGUGGUGCCGCCCUAUCAUUAGCGAUAGCAGGGUCCGUAUUUCACAAUGUCGGUUUCAACACCAUGCAGGGCGCCCUCGGCGGAAGGGGCUUUACCUCCGCCCAAAUUCAUGACGCUCUGGCUGGCGGAGACUCGCCCAUUAUCAGCAACAGUGACCCUGAGGUGCACGCCAUCGCAUCGGAUGCCAUCGCUAGCACCCUUGGAAAAGUCUACGUCUUAUCGACCGUUGCAGCGGCGGCAAUACUCGUGGCGGGGCUUUUGAUGCGGUGGGAGAAAGUAAAAAUGGCUUGA